AUGGACGAACGUUUCAACAUAGAGCAACUCGGAAUUAAUUAUGCAUCUCCAUCAUUUGGCACAAGCGACUAUAUUUACAACUAUCUCCAGCCUGAUCAUUAUAAAAGUAGCCGCCAAUACAACGGUGAAGAUUUUGCUGAACUCCUUACAAAGAAACUCAAAAACAAUUUAAAGGAUCUGUACAACAUUGGCGCGAGAAAGAUGAUAGUUUUUCAAAUUGGCCCACUUGGCUGCUAUCCAUACAUAAUAAACAAGUUUAAGCCAACAAGUAGGUGUGCCGAAGACAUAAACAAGUUGGUGUCCAAUUUCAAUGACAAGCUUAAUGUCAUGCUCAAAGAAUUAAGUGAGAAACUUGACGGAUCAUCAUUCGUGACUGUAAAAACUUUCGAUCUCAUAAAAAGCUUGAUUUUAAAUCCUGCUGAUUAUGAAAUGAGGUGGCCAUAUUGUGUGACUCAAGUGAAUGGAACCGGGCUAUGUGAUAGAGGACCUAAGUACUUUGGAUCGGAUGUGCCUAUGCCUCGACUUUCUAAUCAGAUGUUAUUUGAAAAGGAGUAUAUGUGUAGGGAUGUCCCAUCCCCUAGAUUGAAUUUGAGUCAAUCGCAAAUUGGAAUGCCGGUGAAGUAUAUAUGCCAGGAGAGGAAUUAUUAUCUUUUCUUCGACAAACUUCACCUAACGUCAACCGCUUACAAACUUCUAGUGAACAAAUGCCUUAAUAGUACCUCAGAAGGCAUUUGCUCUCCGUAUGGUAUCUAUCAUCUGGCAGAGAUUUAA